AUGUCGAAGUUUACCUUGUUAUUUGUCUGUGCGGUGGCUGCGUUAAGUAAUGUUUACGCGCUUUCCGACGACGCAAAGGCAGCAUUUCAUGAAGCAAUCAAGCCUCUAAUAGAGGAAUGUUCUCAAGCACAUGGAAUCUCCAUGGACGAAAUUAACGCUGCCAAAGAGGCCGGCACUUCCUCAGGCCUUAAACCAUGUUUCCUUGGAUGUGUACUCAAGAAAGGUGAAAUUUUAAAUAAUCAAGGAGAAUACGACGUUGAUGCAGCUUUAAAAACAGUUAAGAAAUACAUAAGUGAUGAAGGGGAAUUCAACAAGUUCUCAGAGGUCAGCAAGAAAUGCGCUUCAAUUAAUGAUGAGGCAGUGACUGAUGGAGCUGAAGGCUGCGAAAGAGCUAAGCUGCUAUUAUCCUGCAUUCAACAAAACAAGGCCGGGAUUCUGUAA